CACUAAUAAUCAUGGUUGCCUCCUGUCUGUAAUGUUGUGUGGUUUAUAACCACUGUCUAGAGAAUAAAGAUCCUUGAUGCACAUGGGAUCCCAUCGGAAGAUUUACAUUUGAAUAGAAUCAGUGGAAUAAUAUCCUCUUGGAUGGAUUAAAAGGCCUUUACAGAGGGUAAAAUUCACCUGUGAGCAUGUGAAGCUGAAGUACCACAAGUCAUACAGAGUUGUAACCGUCUGUGAAAGUGUGUCAACUGACAAAGAGUAAGGGCAGGUUCCAAAGGCCUUUUCAGAGCUGCUAAGCUCGAUUGUGUACUGGAACAUUGAACAGGACUCUUCUUAGAUAAAACAUAUGCUUCUGACAUUGACACUGACCUUUCUGUUCUAUAUGAAAAUGUCCUACUACUGAUUUUUAAGCAUUUUUCUGAAGACUAUUGUGAUUUAACUGCUUUGUGUAGCAGCUCACGUGGUUACGUGGAUGAAAAUUUUGCCAGUACGCUCGCAGGCUCACGGGAGUUGUGUAUUCCAGCAGUUAUAUUGUUCCUGUCCUGAUGAAGAUCAAGUAUAGAACUUGCAGCAUUUGGCAGACAGAAAAAUGUGUAUUUGCAAGCAGAAUUACACAAGUCAAUACACAAAGUAUUACGGAAAUUAUGAGGGGGGUUGGAUAUUUGCUCUUCAGGAGAGAUCCUGCACACACAGUGAGGAGGUGGAUUAGCUCCUAAACUGUUUCAUGUUCAGUUUCCUACCUCUGAAGAAUUGUCCAGUGCAGUAACUUCUAUUAACAACACUGCCAAACGAUGCAGCUGGGCGUCUGCAUUUUAGUGAAUUCUUGUAGCUGUAGCUGAGUAUUUUAAAAUGAUAGUAUAGCAGAAAUUUAACAAAAUAAAGGGUCUUUUGUGCUGUGUAAGGUGGGUUUAGUUUUAAUUGGCUAGAAAGCUCAUAACUUCUUGAGUAGUAGGAUACUGUGCAAAUGAAUUAAAGCAAAUUCAGAAUCAUCUGCUCAAGUUUCACUGAUUUCUUAAUGUUUAUUAAAUAGUUAUAACUUAUCAGUAAUGUCUCGAAACCUUCCAUUUCAUAAAAUAAUCACUUAAUACAGUAUUUUCAUGCUAAAACAGCAUGCGAAGUACUGCAUUUAUAGCAAACUUCUAUACUGAUUUUAAGUAUGUCUAGUAUUUUUAGUAAUUUAAUUGAAAGUUUAAGUUUCUUGGAGAUGAAAUUAUCUCUGAACCAUGCUGUGAAAGUUUGUUACAGGCACUUACUCCACGUGAAUUAAAAUGAAGUACUGAAUAGUACUUCAUUGAGCUGUUUACUUAGUAGUAAUAAAUGAAGAUAAGUCCGCUCAAUAAACUUAAAUUAAUUUCACUAAAAUUGUGCAUCCGCUAUGUGUUUCCAAGUAUUGGAAUCAGAACCUAACCCCUACUGUAAAUUUAUUUUUCUAUGCAAGUUUUACUUAGUAAAUAACUUCAAUUUUUUAGUUUAUGCUUUUAAUCUUCUAGACUGUAAGUAGUAAAGUAGUGUUUUUACCAGUUAGAUUAUUAUGAGAUACUCCUUUGGAUUUUAGGUAUUUUAAAAUAGUUAAGGAAAGGCUAAAUGUUUUUUCUAUGUUUACUAAUAUUUAAUGUGCUUAUUGCAUAAACCUCAUUGCUUAAAGUCAAACUUACACAGCAGUCAAAAAUGACAAAAAGACCUCGAAUUCAUAUUUUUGUGGGAGCACCCAGUGUUCCUAAAUUGCUGGAGGUGUCAGAGCAAAGUAGUUCAGCACCUGCUGCUGAAAAAUGGCGAGAACUCCACUGUUUGUGGGAUGUACGUGGUUUUUUUUCUGAAGAAGUCCAAGGUGCCAACCACUCAGUGUUUCAGGCAGAAAGCUCUGUCAGCACAGCAGUUCCUGCAAAUGGUGACAGCUCUCAGCAGUCUGAGCAGGGGAGAUUAAUGGUAGCAAAAGAAGAUUUGACAUCUCUCAUACCUGUGGCAGUAACCUGUGACAGCACACCUAGAAAGACCAGAAGUUUAAUUUAUUCUGACUGUCAAAUACCUGAAGACAGAUGCACGUGUGCACAUGGAAAUCGGGCUACUCAUCAAUGCCAUCUGCACAAGUCUGCAGGAUCAGCUGGACAAGAUAAACAGUUCCAUGGCUUUUGUUCAGAUCCUACGGGAAGAGCUGCCAGUCAUUUAGAAGUGAACAGCUCUGAUAUUUCUGCUUUGGUUGCCAGUACUCAGCAGAUCACCAUAAAUCUAAAGUGUGUGGGACAAGGUGUUUGUUCAGAUCAUAGAAGUGAUCUCCAUGAACAUCUAAGUGAAUACCUGCAUAUGUGUUUCCCCCAAAACAAAGAGUCAAAACCAAGAGGAGAACCAAGUGAUUGUUCAGACUCUGCAGUGUUGACAGAUACUGAGUUUCGUAGUAUUAUGACUUUGAGUCAGAUGGCUGUUUGUGCAAAGGAGCGGAAUGAGAUGCCAAAAAGAAUUGUGAAACUGUCAGAAACAGAAGCAGGCAAAAAAACUGAAGAAAGGCAGUGUGAUCACUUCCAGCUUGAUUCUGGUGUUGGAACAUACCUUAAUGUGUCUGAAAUAGAAUAUAAGGAAGAGUAUACAGAUUCCCUUGAACUUUUCAGCUCUGAGGGUGAGAGGAAAGAUGUUUGUGUUGAAGCUACAAGACAAGAAGGACGCGCUCAGGAAAACACAAAGGCAUCUCAAGAAGUUAAUAUUCCUACUGGGCAGUUUGCAGAUGAUAUCUGUAUUCAACCCUUAAGCUCAGGAAUAUUGUGCUCUCAAGUAGGCAGUUAUCAUAAGAGCCCUUCUAAAAGAGCCCACAAGCAUGAAGAUUCCUUUCAUAUUUUUCACUCAGCAUUUAAAAGACAGCUGAAAUCAAAGAGAGCUAAACUGAAUUCUUCUCCAACUGGUUCUGGGGUGAGAGUGGAUCAAGAGAGCAUGGCAGACUUCAAGAAACUUCGAAAGAAACUGUCACUACUUAAGAAUUGCUGCUGCAAAAACCAAAAGUACAAUGUUUUGGUUGCAGUAGUACAUCCUUGUCAUAUCAAAGAAAUACAAAUGAAGACUAGACCAAAAUCUUCAUGUAAAGUUCCUGUAGCGACAAUUGUAGUUAUUGACCAGUCAGAAGUUGAGAGAAAGGUGGUGCUGUGGCGAGGUGCUGCAUUUUGGUCCCUCACUGUGUUUCCUGGGGAUAUUGUACUGCUUACAGAUAUAAUAAUGUAUGAGAAUCUUUGGUGUGGAGAAAUCAUGCUGCAAUCUACGUUUACCAGUCAGUUGCUGAAUCUGGGGAACUGCUCAGCUCUCAGUGCAGAAGAAUUUUAUCCUGUAGUGGAUGAUGGUGUUCUCCUUGGCUUAUUGGCAUACAUCUCAUCAGAAUUCCCACACUUUGGUGACAUUCCCGUAAGACCGGUUCAGAGGCUGGAUAGUGUCCAGUAUGUGCAGCUGGACCAGCUCCAGCCGAAUACAUUGGUUCACUCAAUCCUGAAAAUUAUCAGCAUUGCUAUAUUAACAGAAUCUGUGUAUAGCUACAGAGGUGGCAUCCAAAGAAAGAUUAUUCUGACAGUAGAACAGAACAGAGAUCGGUGCUAUAGGAUGGUGCUGUGGGGAGCCGGGGCUGCAUGGUGCCCUCAGCUUCAAAGGAAGAAAGAUCAUAUAUGGGACUUUCAGUACCUUCUGGUCCAACGUAGUUCUGUCUCAGGUGACUUGGAGUUGCACACAACUCCGUGGUCAUCCUGUGAGUGCUUGUUUGAUGAUGACAAAAGGGCAAUUGAAUUUAAAGAAAACUUUCAGAAAAGCAAAAUAACCCUCAUGCAACUGACAAAGCUCUCCGCACAUUUGGAGGAAAAAUGCUCAGGAGUGGUUAAAGUGAAAGCCCGUAUCUUAGAACUGAAGUUUACCAAUUCAACUGGUCCGUACCAGCAACUCAUCUUCCGUGCUGACACUCCACUGGAGUAUGUGUUGGCUUCCCUGCCUGUGAUUACGUAUUCAGGUUGUGCUAAAUGUGGUUUGGAACUACAGGCAGAUGAGAACAUGAUCUACAAGCAAUGUAUUAGAUGUUUGCCAUUCAACAAAGUGAAAAAAUUCUACAGACCUGCUCUGAUGACAGUAGAAGAUGGAGGACAUGAAAUUUAUGUUCAUGUGGUCUCUGAGUUGAUGGAAAAAAUCUUCCUCAAUAUUCCUGCAGACUGGCUGAACAGAUCAGUAGUGUCCUCUUCGGAUGUAACCUACAGCACAAUAGUAGCAGAUCUGUGUCAUUUGCUGCUGGCAGAUACAGAAGCAUCCUAUUUAUUGGAAAUUAGGAGCCAUUUUGUGCUAGAUGAAAACAGCUACCCUUUGCAAAAGGAUUUCCAUCUGCUCAAUUUUCAUCUUGAUCUUUGAAAUGUUGACCUCUGCAAUAACCAAGUAGCAGAGAAUGUAGGAACACACAGAUGGCAAACAGAAGAAAAAUGAAUUAGCUCAAGGAAGCAAACCUUUUUAAAAGCAUGAAGUAUUUUGGUUUUAGUUUUUACAAAAAAAAAAACCAAAAGGACUGGUAUGGAAUAUUUGCUGGUGGUACUGAUAAAUUGUCGUAAAGUAUGUUUAAUAUGUGUAUUUUUAUCUUAAACUCUUACUGGGUAUCAGUUUUCCUUUUCUCCCCAGAGAAGCCCACUAGUAUUGAGAGACUGCAUUUUUAUCAGAUAUGUCAGCCUAGAGGAAAACGGGCACAAUUCACUAAUACUAUGAGUUAUACAAUUUUGUUUGUCUUAUCCUAUGACUUACUUGUGACUUGGUUAUAUCUUUCCUUGCUUUGCCAUUGUGGUUGCUUUCCUUCUUUAAACAGCAGAAUUUCUUGCUUUUACCCUCAGCAAUUUUGCUGCAGUUGUUUGCUCUUGUGAAACAGAACUGUUUCACUGAAUCUGAUUUUGUAUAUCUAGAAGUUAUUGCCCCAAUUUAAUUAGGAGGUUUUAAACAGUUUAAGCUGGUGCGUCCUUUCAUGGACCCUUGAAAUGAUUUAAUUGUAGCAUUUAUUCAGCAUAAGCUGGCAAAUGAACUUGUAUCACCUUAAGCCAAUUUAAUCAUUUUAACACAGGUCUGCAAAAUUUUCUCCUAGGUCGAUCAGAUUUAGAAAUGAAUUUAAUUCUUUUUAAAGUCUUAGUAUAUUCUGAUGAAAGACUGAGGGAAUGAUCACUGCACCCGACUUCAUAAAAUAGCAAUCUUGUAACUACUACUCUAAUGAAUAAAAUAGCGAUAAAAUACAUAGAUCGGUAAUUUUCUCUGAUGUACUGUAGAAGUGAUUAAAUAUAUCAGAGAAAAAUACUGAUCUAUAUAAAUAUUUUUCUCUGCUAUAAAAUGUGCCUCUAACAGAGGCUGGUAGAAGCUGUAGAGUAUGAAUUAUAUUUGCUGUCUGGCUAGAUCCUUGCAGAUCUUUGCCUGUGUUGUUCUUAUUUGGGCGGUUUCCACAUACACCAUUGCAGCUCUCCUUGAGGUUCAAACACAACUGUUCUCAAAACUGAAUUUGAUAAAUCAAGUUGUUAAAUGUACUGUAAUGUGAGUAAUGACUGUUGAACAGCUUUCACAUGCUCUUUGUAGGCCACUUAGAAUUGAAUAACCCUGUUUCUUGGUGCUAGUUUGGAUUCUGUUAUAUCUUGUGUGAAACCAGUUUGGGAGUGUUGGGUUUUUAAUGAUGUUGUUUGGAGCUAUGUGUAAGCUGUGUGUUCUUUUGUGUGCCAGUAAAGGGGAAGGUAGUAAUGCCUCUGAUCAGCCUGGCAGAAAGAGAAUCCUAAGGAUUAUUGAAUGACAUUAUAGAAAUGAAUUCUCAGCUGAAGUUUCACAAGGUCACUUGUCUUACAUCUGCAUUUAACUACUUGUGUACUGAACUGUCUGGUCUGAUUCUAUUGCUCAAACAAGUUUUUGUAGCUCUGCUUCUUGUAGAAGACUUUGUUUUCUGGUUUAAGCCCUAUCCAUCUUGUGAUAAAGUAAUUCCCCUGUAUUUUUGUCUAUCUCUAAGACUGCUUCCAGCAGUUUUGUCAGCAAGCGUAGAAAUGCUGAUCUUACCAGCAAAAUCAAUUUCCUGCCGUCUGGUUUGAGCUAAAAUAGAAUCAGUUUUCUAACUUUUCAGCUAAGUUUUGUCUAAGUAACUUCAUUUCCUGACAGUUAACUGCAUGUUUUUCAGACUGUGUGUCUCUAGGAGUGAUAACACAGGGCAGUGGUAUGCAGAAAGGCCAUUGCUUAUACUUAGUCCUAUAGAAACCGAGGCUGUCCUCAAGGUGGUGGAAUGCCAUAAGAGAAAAGUGUGAAAAGGGGUCAGACCUGCAGGGAGGAGCCACACAAUGAAGGGAGACCCAGAACCUGACCAACAGCAUAUUCCAUCUCAUAUAUGUCAUACUCAGAGUAAAACCGAAGGAUCACAAAGGUCUCACUCUAUUCUUUGAUGACCAACAUCCACUGAGGACCUCGUCUGUCUGUUUGUCCCUGAUGCUGGAUCUCUGCGUCCCUGAGUCCAGCCUGGGACCUUUUUCCCUCAUGCCCACUCUGCAGCAUCAGUGGUGACAUAGAUGUGAAAGGGGGGGGGGGGGAUUUAAUAGAUUUGUACAUACUUCAUUAUUUUCUUAUUCAUAGUAUUUUUUUAUUAUUUAUUCAUUAAAGCUGUUUUAGUUUUA